AUGUUUUAUUUCCACUGUCCCCCUCAGCUGGAUGGAGAAUGUUGUCGGACUAAUACAUUGAACACCAACGGGUUUCCCAACCAUUCGUCAGCAGGUGAUUUUGAUGACGGCUUUCUGCGGAGGAAACAGCGUAGAAAUAGAACAACAUUUACACUGCAACAGUUGGAGGCUUUGGAGGCUGUGUUCACGCAGACUCACUACCCCGAUGUUUUCACACGUGAGGAACUGGCCAUGAAGAUCAACCUGACUGAGGCACGUGUCCAGGUGUGGUUCCAGAAUCGUAGGGCCAAGUGGAGGAAGACUCAGAGAGGGAGUACAGACCCCGACGGAGGUAAGGAGCAGAUUAACGAGGGAGGCCCUCCUCCGUCCAGGAGUCUGAACUCCCAGUCUCCUGUGGACCAGAGCAGGAAACAGAAGGAACCUCUGGAGAUGCAGCAGAGUAUAAACCGAGCAGUAGGUUCUGGUGGGCCGUUCUUCCCAUCCUGUCUACCAGGGACCCUCCUGAACUCAGCCACCUAUGCCCAUGCGCUGUCGCAUGUUGCCACAAUGAAGGGAGGUGGUCUGUGCUCUUGCUGUGUUCCUGACCCCAUGGGCCUGUCCUUCUUGCCCCCCUACGGUUGUCAGGGUAACCGUACAGCCAGCGUGGCAGCCCUGCGGAUGAAGGCCCGUGAGCACUCCGAGGCCGUCCUGCAGUCAGCCAACCUGCUGGGAAAUGGCCAUGGGCAUGGCGCUGGAGUAGGAGGCCUGCCCAGGGUCGGGGUAUCCGGGGAUGGGUUGAAAAGGCCUAGGAUGGAACCUGCCCUGGGAGUCAUAUCUGGAUCAGUGUCUGGUGUUUCUGGAGCCGUGGGGGGAGGAGCAGGGGGCGGACUUACUCUCAGCCCAGGCUCCAAGGCCCCGACUCAGGGUAGAGGGUCUGACAUGCACCCCCUCUGUCCCAAGGAACCACUGGAGAAAAAGUGA